AUGGUAAUGAAACGCUUACAGGAAGAACCGGGUACUCAUCGUAACGACUGUAAGGUGGUGGCCAGGCCAAUGGAGACACCGUUAGAUCAGGAGGAAUAUCGCGAGGAUUUGGUAGAUUAUAGUAAUCAUUGUUGGCUGGAUUGGCUGGGAUCGAAUGUUGUUGCUGUGGAAAUGGUUCAGAUAGCAUAUGAUCAUAUUGAGGCAAAUUCGAAUAUGGAAUAUACGGAGGAUUAUAAACUGGUGAAGCGGUAUUUGUCGAAUACGGUGGGCAGCAAGCUGAAAUUCGUGGUGAAUACAUCAGUGAGAUCUGAAUAA